CCGAAAGCGUGGGGUCAACAUCACAUCCGAAAUGAUCUUGGACAAUGAAUUAAUUCACUGGUGGCCUACUUAACACCCACCACGGCCUCGCCCAGAUCAGCAUUUGAAAACAUGUUGCAGGCUAGUACUCUUGCCGCUCGUCGCACUGGUCGAGCCGCGCUGAAUCAGCCACGUCUAUAUGCUACACACGCUACGACGCGGAGCAAGGCAGUCGAAGCAUUGCUCGUGGGGCGACCUGACGAUGUGGUCAUUACGCUUGCUCUACGAACAGCAAUGACUAAAGGGAAAAAGGGAAGCUUCAAGGAUACCUCGGCGGAUUCACUGCUGUAUGCUAUGUUGAAAGCCGCGAACCAACGAUCAGGAGUAAAUCCGGCACUGGUUCAGGAUAUUGUAACCGGUGUAUGUCAUUCUCCAUCACCUACGUAUGAAGCGAGAGCUGCUGCCAUCGCUGCUGGGUUCCCUGAUCAUGUUCCCGUCCAAGCCAUCAACCGUUUAUGCUCAUCUGGCCUCAUGGCGGUUCGAUCUGUGUCAGACUCAAUAGCGAGAGGCGAUAUCGAUAUCGGUCUCGCCGUGGGCUAUGAGAGCAUGUCUACAAACCCCCGUCCAACUCCCCAAUUUUCGCAUCCCGCCAUACUUACCAACCAAACAUCUAAGGACUGUGCUGAGCCAAUGGGCUGGACGUCUGAAAAUGUCGCUACAGACUUCAAUAUCUCUCGGCAAGCUAUGGAUGAGUAUGCUCUACUAUCCCACACUCGCGCGGCACAAGCAUCCGCAUCAGGGAGAUUCAAGGAUGAGAUUGUUCCCGUUGAGACGACGGUACUUGUCCCUAAGGAUCCAGGGAAUCCAAAGGACCUGACGGAUGCGAUAUCGAAAACCGUCAAUGUAACUGUGGAUGAAGGCCUCAGACCGUCAACUAUGGAAGGCUUAUCCAAGUUGAAGAGUGCAUUUCCGCAAUGGGGAGAGGGAAAAUCAACGGCUGGUAAUUCGAGUCCAAUCACGGAUGGUGCAGCUGCCGUUCUGCUCAUGAGACGAAGCAAGGCGGAGGAACUAGGACUUGAGGUUUUGGCAAGGCACGUCACCACUGCUGUCACUGGUGUGGCACCAAGACAUAUGGGUAUUUCACCUUCUUAUGCAAUCCCAGAUGUUCUCAAAAAAGCCGGGAUCAAAAUGUCGGAUGUCGACCUGUUCGAAGUAAAUGAGGCAUUCGCCAGUAUGAUGGUCUACUGCAUUAACAAGCUCGGUCUUCCACUGGACAAGCUGAACGUGAACGGCGGCGCCAUAGCGUUGGGACAUCCACUGGGUUGCACUGGGGCCCGCCAAAUCGCCACUGGCCUCUCGGAGUUAAAGAAGAGAGAUCAGAAUGUGCUGUUGACUAGCAUGUGCAUAGGUAGCGGAAUGGGUGCUGCAGCUGUUUUUGUCAGGGAGAGCACCGGAAAAGUUACAAACGCUAGCUUGUAAAUGUACGAGCAGGAUUUGCAACAAGAUACCAUGAUACCAUAUCUCAAGGUGGCCAGCUUGCUGCAUUG